GUGAGCACAAGAUCCCAUUCAUUGGUAAAGAGGUUCGACGGGAUUUACACGGGGCCGUACUUCGAUUCAAACACCCCCACGAACAUCACGGCUCAGCUGGGGAGUCAUGCCUACUUGCCGUGUAAAGUGCGACAGCUUGGUAAUAAAUCGGUGUCGUGGAUCAGAAGAAGGGACUCGCAUAUCCUCUCGGUAGAUAGAACUAUGUUUAUCCCGGACGAAAGGUUCCAGGCGCUUUUCGUGGACGCGUCGGACACUUGGACCCUGCAGGUUAAGUACGUGCAGGCACGCGACGAAGGCGAGUACGAGUGCCAAAUCUCGACCGAUCCGAAGAAGAGUCACAUCAUCAAGCUCAACAUCGUCGUGCCAAAGAUCGAGAUCAUAGGCGAUCGUGACAUGUACGUGAAGACCGGAAGCACAGUGGCGAUACGAUGCGUGAUCAAGCAGUCCCUCGAGGGUCCUUUCUACGUUUUCUGGUACCACGAGGGCGACCGUGUGCUCGACUACCAGCUGAACAAAAUCGACAUCCAGACGAAGAGGAUCGAUCACGACACGGUUAGCAGCCUCGUAAUCCAUAAAGCGAGGCGGGAAGACUCGGGCAAUUACACCUGCAGUCCGAGCAGUUUGGACAGCGCGAGCGUGCAACUUCACGUGUUAAAUGGCGAGCAUCCUGCCGCGAUUCAAAGAGGGAUCAACUCGGCACCGGGUGGCUGUCCAACGCUAUGGUGGCUGGCGGGCGUCGUGACGCUAUACUCGAGUCACGGCAGUCGUCUGUUCGUCCUCGUCCUUCUGAUCCUCAUGGUCCUUUAUUCGAAGAAUCCAUCUUACUUCGCGUCGGAACGA